UAAUCACUUAGUUUAGGGUUUGGGAUAUAAAAAAUUUAUUUUCAGUGAGGUGGUACACAGCAGAAGAUCUACUAAAACAAAUUUUCGAAUAUUACAAUUUGUUUUGCUUAGUUACUGAUAUCUAGAGUUUCUUAAAUUAUAUUUUAAUAAAUUUAAAAAAAAAAUGUAUGUUUUCAAAACAUUCCACCUUGAAUUAGCUGUUUGUGUCAUAGCCUUUAUAAGCGCUGCUUGUGUCAUGAGUGCGAGGAUUCAAAAAGAUACACGAAGUACUAAUAGUUACAGUUUUUACAAUCCUUCCAUUCAAGUGGAAUGUAAAACCGAUAUGAUGUUAAUAAUGAUUGAGAAUAAUCCAAAAGAGGGUCACACAAAUAAUUUGUUUAGUGGAAUGGUAUACCCAAAAGGUUUGCCAAAACAUUCAACAUGUUUAUCAGAAUAUAGAAAUCAUGAAGGACCUUUGCGAUAUACACUACCUUUGAGAAGUUGCAACACAAUGCCUCAAGAAUCUGACUCAGGCGAAAUUGAAUUCUUUAAUACGAUUGUUGUUCAACCCCAUUUAAAAUUAGUAACAGACUUAGGGCGUGGGUUCCACGUUCGCUGCACUUACAAGAAUCGAGAAGCAAUUAAUUUAAACAAUAUUCAUCCUCAUAAUUUUUCAGCAGACAACAUAACAUCAGUUAAAAAUCCAGAAGCGUACAAGAGCAAACUUACCUCCAACGCAGAAAUUCAGAUUUAUUCUCAAAAUGGAAGGCAAAAUUUUGGUAGAUCAAUUGAUUCGCACUCAUUAAAUUCGAAAGAAAAGGCUUUUGAAAUAAAAGGCAGUGAAUUACAGAAAAAUGAUAUAAAUAAUUCUCUUAUUGACACGCAAGAGGCAAUCGAUACUGACAUUCCAAUGCCAGGAAUUCAUAUGAAGAUUUAUAGUCAAAAUAAGAUAGCUGAAAAUGUAAAUAUUGGUGAUCCUCUAAAACUGUUAGUAUAUGUAGAAAAACAAGAGUUCUAUGGUCUUCAUGUAACGAAUUGUGUGGUUCGUGACGGUCUUGGAUUGGGAGAACAAAAACUGAUAAACGAAUAUGGUUGCCCAACCGAUGAUGAAAUUAUGGGCCCCUUCAAUUAUGCAGGUGACAAAAUUUCAGCCAGUGUUGUAUUUCCAGCUCAUAAAUUCCCGUAUACCACUUCGGUGUAUUAUCAAUGCAACGUUAAGCUUUGCGAUGUUAAAAAUUCAGAAUGCUUUAAGGUAUCAGAAUGCAUCGAUUCGAAACGAGAGAAACGGCAAACCUUUGAAAAAAAAGAGGAAGAUAAUAUUCCCGCUAUUAUAGAGGUUUAUUCAGGUCUCUAUGUAAAUGAAAAUGCAGAUAUAGAUACUGAGAAUGAUGUAGUUCGCCAAAAGGCUAACGGAGAGAAUGAAUUGUGUGUGUCACAAAAAACAUUUGCUAUAUCAAUAGCGAUAGCUGGUUUAGUACUGAUGUUAACAAUAAUAGCGGCUGUUAUAUGCAUAAUGUCCAGAAGAAAAACCAAGACUUUGUCAAAUUCAGAAAGUUCAAUUUAUAGUGGUCCAUACACAAAUACAGCAUUUUCCCACAGUAGUUAAUUUCAUUACAUUUAUUGAUUGCUCACGACUAACGAAAACUAUUAAACCACCAUGAGGUACAUAUGCAUGUAUCUAUGUCAAACAUUCUGCUUUGUUUCGAGUAUAUUAACAAUAAUUUAAAUAAAUAUGUGUAUAUAUAAGUAAUUACUAAAUUUAUACCAACUGAAAUUAAUAAAGUUUUGGAAUUAUC